AGACCUAGAAGCCUUUAACUAUCGAACUGCACACUCAAUUGCAAAAAUGGCCUUGCUAGUCGACAAACUGCGGCCACGGUCGCUAGAUGCCCUCACAUACCACCCCGAGCUGUCCGCGCGACUGAAAUCAUUGGCGCAAAGCGGCGACUUCCCUCAUCUGCUCAUGUACGGACCAUCAGGCGCAGGAAAAAAGACACGAACCAUCGCAACGCUCAAAGAAUUGUACGGUUCCGGAGUUGAAAAGAUCAAGAUCGACGCUAGAGUCUUCCAAACGACAAGCAACCGCAAACUCGAGUUCAAUAUAGUGUCUUCGGUCUAUCACUUGGAGAUCACCCCGUCGGAUGUUGGAAAUUAUGAUCGUGUUGUGGUUCAGGAGCUGUUGAAGGAGAUUGCGCAGACCCAGCAAGUCGAUCUCUCGGCGAAGCAGCGCUUCAAGGUCGUUGUGAUCAACGAGGCCGAUCAUCUUACUCGUGAUGCGCAGGCAGCGCUGAGACGAACGAUGGAGAAGUACAGUCCCAACUUGAGGUUGAUUCUGUUGGCCAAUAGCACCUCCAAUAUUAUCGCUCCUAUCCGGUCCCGUACCCUGCUGGUCAGGGUUGCUGCUCCGAAUGAAGAGGAAAUCUGCACUGUACUGAGGAACGCGGCUAAGAAGGAAGGAUGGCCUGAGGCAAGUGGGUUGAAUAAGAGGAUUGCUAAGGAGAGCGGGCGGAACCUUCGUCGCGCGCUCCUUAUGUUUGAGGCUAUUUAUGCUCAGAAUGAGAAAGUUACGGAUAACACACUCAUCCCGCCACCCGAUUGGGAAGCUUUGAUUGCGUUGACUGCCGAAGAGAUCCUGGCAGAGCGGUCGCCAGCUCGUCUGUUGCAAGUCCGCGCACGCUUAUACGACCUUUUGACGCAUUGCAUACCACCGACUACUAUUAUCAAGUCUUUGACAUUCAACCUGAUCACAAAGGUCGACGAUGCUCUAAAGCCUGAUGUCAUCAGGUGGUCGGCGUUCUAUGAGCACAGGAUCACUCAAGGCAGCAAAGUAAUCUUCCACCUCGAAGCAUUCGUUGCCAAGUUCAUGCGCAUAUACGAAAGUUAUCUGAUGGGCAUGGAAUUCUAAAAUAACGAAGAUAAUAAUACCCAAC